AAACCGCCAUAUGUACUUUUAAACAUCUUUGAAUGGAAGUGGCGUUGUUGUGUAUAGUGAAUUGUAGCAGCGGUAGAAGCUUAGUGGAAAGGGUAUUAAAGUUUCCAAUUAAUUUUGUUCUGUAUAUGUAACUCGCGUAUGCUGUGAAACGAGUUCGUGAUAGAUUGCUCUUGACACAUAGCUAAUAACACGUGUGUAUAAAUAUUUGACCGGCAGUCGUGGUCUCUCAGCAGUCAUGAAAUUAGUGAGGUUUUUGAUGAAACUUAGCCAUGAAACGGUUACCAUCGAGCUCAAGAAUGGGACCCAAGUGCACGGUACUAUUACUGGUGUCGAUGUUGCUAUGAACACUCACUUAAAGGCUGUGAAGAUGACAAUAAAAAACAGAGACCCAGUGCAGUUGGAGACACUGAGCAUACGUGGAAAUAAUAUUCGAUAUUAUAUUUUGCCAGACUCAUUACCUCUUGAAACACUGUUAAUAGAUGAUACGCCGAAAGCCAAAGCAAAAAAGAAGGAAGCUGCAAGAGGUGCCAGCAGAGGCCGAGGACGCGGCAGAGCAAGGGGACGUGGGCGUGGAAGGGGCAGAGGAAGAAGAUAAGUGUUACCAAGAAAGAAAUUGUUCCGUAUGCGUUCUGAUAAAUCUCACAGACUUUGACACUUCAGUUAGAUAUGAAUCCUUGUGUGUUUGUGCGUAACUGUAUUCACACCAUUGGUGUGAGGAGUGUGGUUGUGUUCUUUCCUUAAUAUGCAUAAAUUUCAUUUACUGUGAAAGUUUGUAUGUCAAGCAUUUUUAUUUGUAAUAUGUAAUAAAGAUCUAUUAGGAAGUGUAA